ACAAAGAUCCCAAAAUCCUUCACAAAUCUUUCCGAAGUGUUUGUUUAUGACCGUUAGAGAGAAAACGCUCUCUCUUUCCACACACAAAAUCCUCUCUCUCUCUCUCUCUCUCUCUCUCCACACAAAGACUGCAGUUGGGCGAAAAUGGCGAGGGAGAGAGGGAAGCUGGUGUAUAUGGUGUACAGAGCGUUGAGCUACGGUCUAUCGCCGAUGGUGCACCUUCACGUACGGUGGCGCAGGGUCCGAGGCCUGGAACACCCUCUCCGUUGGCCCGAGCGCCUCGGCCGUCCUUCUCUCCCUCGCCCCGCCGGCCCUCUCAUCUGGUUCCACGCCGUCUCCCUAGGUGAAGGAAUCGCUGCAAUUCCAGUGAUAAAAUGCUGCAUAGAGAGGAGGCCAGAUAUAAAUAUCUUGAUGACAACAACGACUCUAUCUGCAUUUACAGUAAUAGAGAAUCAGCUUCCAAGUGGUGUCAUAUAUCAGUUUGCCCCACUUGACAUACCUGCUUCUGUGGAUACUUUUCUUGGCCAUUGGAAGCCAAAUGCUAUCAUGCUAAUGGAGAGUGAACUUUGGCCAAAUCUAAUCAUUGGUGCCUCCAAAAGUGGUAUUGCAUUAGUGUUGUUAAAUGCUCGGAUGUCAGCGAAAUCCUUCAACAGUUGGUCUGGACCUCUACUUCUUCCACUGGCUUCAUUAAUGCUGUCAAAAUUUUCCUUGAUUUCCCCAUUGAGCACUAUGCAGGCUCUCCGUUUUCAGCUUCUGCAAGCUCCCCCAUUUAUCAUUAACUUCUCCGGUGACUUAAAAUAUGCAACUGAAACAUUUGACUUGUCCGACGUGGACAAGAGAAGCAUUGAAGAUCUAAGGGUACAGCUUGAGUCUCGACGGGUUUGGAUGGCUUCUUCCAUACAUAGGGGUGAAGAAGAAGUAAUGCUAGGAGUUCACAAAGUGCUAAACCAAGUGCAUCCUGACAUAGUCACCAUUGUUGUUCCUCGUAAUCCACAGCAUGGACAAGAGAUUGCACAGGAACUGCAGAAAGAGGGAGUGAGUGUAGCACUAAGGUCUCGUGAUGACAAGCUUAUGCCUGGAACAAAUAUAUACGUGGUGGACACAUUAGGCGAACUAAGAUAUUUUUACAGGUUAACACCAAUUGCUGUUAUUGGAGGUUCUUUCUUUCCUGAUUUAACUGGUCAUAACAUUUCAGAAGCAGCUGCAGCUGGGUGUGCUGUUUUGACCGGUCAUCAUGUUGGGCAUUUCGCCCAUAUGGUACAAGAAAUGAAACGGUUAAAUCCUCAGUCAGUUCUCCAGGUUUCAGGGAAACUAGAGCUUGAAAAAGCUCUUGGUGAACUCUUCAGGAACUCGACAGUUCUGGAAGCACGUCGUGCAGCAGGAAGACAAGCAUUUCAUGCUUUGUCAAGGGGGGUUAUUGAAAAUGUUUGGAAUCUAUUACAUUCCCAUGUUUUCAGAAAAUCUCUAUGUUAGGAAAGUUGCCACCUACAGAGCUAAAGACCUCAAAUCCGGGUGGCGACUCUUUCAUUUUCAAAAAUACAUUUUUGGGCCACCGAGAAUCCGGGGCGGGUAGCCCACACUUAUCAUCCACAGACAAAUGGACAGGCCGAGCUUGCUAAUCGGGAGGCGACGACUAUAUGUUUGACAAAGAGAGGGAGGGAGACAUAAGGUGUGGAUCCAAGGGCAUUUUUUGCAAUGGUACUGCAGAGCAUUGGAUCUUGCGGGCCUACCGACGUUGCAAUUAGGGCUGUCAAACAGAUGGAGGGAUGCAAUGCGAAUUAUGUAGUUUAGUAUCUGAGUAAAGUGCCAUAGGUCCGUGCCUCAAUCAUGUACUUCUUGUUUUAGUCUAAUGCUUGGUCCUUAGAGCUACUUUUUGCCUUAAUUACCUGAUGCUGGCUUUUGGGUCUUUAAGAGAGGAAAUUUUAGCAACCUGCAUUUUUCAACCAGGACAAAAAUUGACAAAGAAAUUUGUGUUGAUAUAUAUUUUUCCUCUUCACAGUUGACUGGCAUCUAUUCCAUUGUUUAGGUUCUUAACUGAUGAUAUGUGACAAAAUGGUGGGAAAUUUUGGAUUCAUUUUGGGGUCAAAUGAGACACAGAGAGCGUGAUGUAAAUGCUGCCCUAUGGGUAAUAGUUUCUUUGUUUGGCGUUUUCUAACUCUUUGCAAGACAAGCUACUGAUUUCUUUCCCUUUGCUCUCUCCAGAAGAAAGGAUAGCUGAAGGAAUUAGUUCCGUAUACCACUGAUAUGAAGAGAAUUUCUUUAACGGUUUGAGUUCUAGUUCUGCAAUUGCGAAAUGCCUUGAUGCAUUUGCAGUGGUAUGGAUCCAUUGGAUUCAUAGAUUGAUUCAAAAAAAUUCUCGCAACUUUUUUCACAGAUUCUUCCUCUUUUGUGAAACAAAAAAUGGUGAAAUGACUGUUCUUAGGUAACUGUUGGCACCCCCAAUACUCUGUCUUGCGUACAUACCCACCUUGUUUUCAAAUUUGGGUCACGUGAAAAUACAAUGAAAAAGAAAUAGUCAUUGCUCCGAAACAUCCUUUUGUGUUUGCUGAUACUUUGAUGUAUGAAUGGAUACAACGUUUGGAGCUCUUCAAGGGAUUGCUUUACAUGGAUAUCUCCUUUUGCUAUUUUUCUGCAUGUAUUAAAGUGAAUUCAAUAGUUUUUCUCUGGUAAAUUGUUUUUUGUUCAGUAUGAGAAAGAGGACAUGAGAUCUGUG